GUACUGGUGGUCAUAGUUUCAGGUGUUGUGCUACUAUUUCCACAGGACCUGAAGGGUUAAGCCACAACGUUUAUUUAGUAAGUAUUUUGUUAAUAUAUAAUAGGCUAAUUAAUGAUAAAUAAUUUGUCACAAUUUGUGUCAAUAACAACUGACUUUCAUAAUAUUAUUUUAAGAUAAUCAUUAUUUUGUUUGUCCAAACUUAUCCUUUAUUAUAUUCUUAACUUUCAGCCACUUAACAUGUUGAAAAACAACUUUUACUUCCAUUACCAAGACUUGUGAUUGAGCAAAGGCCUAAAUAAGGACAUUCAAGAAACUAAAAAAGAGUCAACACUUCUGUAAACUAUGUCCAUUAAUAGAGAGUGUUUUCCAAGAACUAUAUUAAACAAUAACACAUCUGAAUCAGCUGUGAUGGAAGUGGAAGAAAACAAAAACAAGAUGCAGAUUGUGUUGACCAAUGAAGGAGAUUAUUCUGAACUUGGAAGCAAUGGUAUGAUUAUUGAAGAUAGUGUCAGUAUGGAGGAUAUAAACCUGGUCUUGGAUAAGGACACUCGUGUCCUAUAUCUGAAUCCUGAUGGCACUCUAGUAUUUGAUCACACUGUCCUCUCAUCAGGUGCUGGGGACAAUAAUCCCCUCGUUCUGGAACCAAACACGAGUUACAUGCUGUCCACAGCACUGCAAGGUAAUGUUGUGCUGAGCUCCAAUGACCUGCCAUCUGCAAGUGGUGCACCAAAGCAGCUGUCAUUCACUGCUAGUGAUAUUAAUGAAGAGGGAACAAAACUCUGCCAUCUGAAUACUGACUAUUCACAGCAAACAGUUACUAUGGUGAUAGACAGAGGCCAAUCUCUUGGAUCAGAAUAUAUUCUAGUGGAGCCUAAUUCUUUUAUGCCAAGUGGUAGCCAGGCUUUAACUCUGGAUGUGGCCAAAGGUUCUCAAGGCCUUUAUUCUUCCUUAGAUAUUUCUAAGCUGAAUCAGUGCAGUACACCUUCAAGCACAACCAUACACCACAAACCUAAUGAAAAGAUGCCUGCGUACCCUUUGCAGGUGCAGCAAGUAGCAGGAUCAACUCCAGGUUGUAUAACUCUUCACUUUAGCUCCCAACAAAUUUUGCCCCCCGGCACUGAAGCUUCAAGUCUGAGCCUUGACAGUUCACAAUCUUCCAAGGAAGUAAGGUCUGACGAAUUUUUAGAACCAGAUGGUCACAGUGGUGGAGAUGGAUGCAUUCUAGAGAAACAAAAGACUGAGCUUCGAAACUUGGAGCAAUCUCACUUAGAACAUCACAUAAAGCAGAUCCAGAAGAGAAAUUUCGGGUCUAUGACUUCCAUUGAGGGUGACUCUGCGGAUGAUGAUAAUCAUGAAAUAGAAGUCGUUCAAGAACUCGAAAAGGCUGGAAUAGAUGAUGAUACUCCAGUAAGUUUCACAUUUGUUUCUCAGAAAGAAAUGAUUCUCUUUUUUAAUAUUUAACGGUCAGGCCUGCUUAUCGAGAGUGUGAUUUCUAUUCCCAAGUUCCUUGUUUGCAUUUUAAAUUAUAAGUUAAGUUGGUAAUAAGAUGUUUCCUUGAGGUUGUCAGCUCAUAUCUAUUUGAAAACAUCUAAAUGAUAAGGAUUUUAUGUCUUGCUCUAAAAUAAUAUUUCUUAUCCUCAGAUUUUUUCAAGUAUCUCAGCUCGAUUGAACUCAACUAUUUUGAAGCUGGUUCCUGGUUGCCAGCAGUUCCUUCUUGAGCAGGCUAAACAAGAGUCUACUGUGCCGUCUGAAAUAACAUUUGAUUCCAAUUUGGACUGCACCUUCAGUGGAGACUUGAGUGCACUCUUGAAAUUGCACAAUUCCUUAAAGAGGAUGAUAAAAUUGCGUUCUAGAACUCUGUUGGAUUUUAAGUUUGAAAAAUAUGGUAAAUCCAAAGAUGAUAAAAGCCUAAAUUGUGAGCUUUUGAAACCAUAUGUGUCAUCCAGAGGCCGUCAGCCCAAAUGCUCUUUGAAAGCAUCUCAAAUGGGUUUUGUUACGUCUCUUGACAAUUAUCUAAAUCUUGAUGGCAUACUUGCCAGCAAUGAAUCCAGAAAAGUUGGCGGUCGAGGGAGGAAAAAUAUUUGUGGUAAUCGUAGGAAAAGAGGCCGCCCAAGAAAAGUAAUAAAUUCAUUAGUGAACAAUGCAAAAAUGUCAUUUGAAACUCUACAUAACAUUCAUGAGCCUGAUUCUGUAAGUUCAGCAAAUGAUGUGCAUGGCGGAUGUGUUAAAGAGCUUGAGUGUGUUAAGCCAGUAGAGGAUCCCAAUGUUAACAUUUCUGAACAGCAAACUAGUGAAAUUACUUUUGAAAGUCCAGUAGGUCCACCGUUGGAAAAAUCAGAAUUAGAUUCAUCUGAUCCUGUUUGCCAACGAUUACUUGAGGAGCAAACCAAGUACAAGAAGGUUUUGCUGAACCAUCUUCUUCAAAAAUGCGAACAAAAAUCAAUCGAAAAUGAAUUACCAGUUCAUGAUGUAAAGACACCUUCUAUGGAUAAUGACGGUACUUCCAUCUUUAUUGUUUUAUAUUGGCUAAAUUAUUACAUUUAUAGUUAGUAUUUCCCUUACAUUUUAAAUGUUAUUUUAAACAGUGUUUUUAUAUAUACUGUUUGGUCAAUAUAUUAGAAUGCCUCCACGUAAAGAAAAUAUGUUUUCAUGUUGAUUCUGUUAUUCUUUGCUUGUUACUAACUUAAAUUCAAAUUUACAAAACAAAAAAGAAACAUACCGUAACAAGAAUAAAUACAAGAUGCCAAUUAAAAUAUUUAAUUCAUAACUUGUUGUACAAAAAGAUUGUGAAAUUCUUGGUGAGAUCUCCUAGCAUGUUUCUGAUAUCAUUUUAGGCUGCAAGGACGUAGCCCAAGAAAACUCAUCGGAGCCCAAAAUUUCAAAUACUAUCAUAAAGAGAAGAGGAAGGCCUUGUAAGAAAUGUGAGUGAUAUAAAUGAAAAAAAAAACAGCUAUAACAAGCACUAACAUAUACUAUAGGCAUUUUAUAAACCAGUAAGUUUUGAAAAGAAGACUUUACUUUCUAAAACAAAGGAAAAAUGUUUUAUCCCUUGGUACCAUAAAUGCUUACGAUUUAUUGUGUUUUUUUAUUUUAUUUAUGUACAUUGAUAUUAGUGGAGUAUACAGUAGUUAAAGCAUGUAGAGCUAAAAAAAAAAGUUUUAAAUUUAAAUCCUGGUUUUCUUGUGGCUGACCUUUUUGUGGUAACGUCAUUCAUUUUUUAGUAGAGGCAAAUACCUUAAUUUUCAUUUGUUUAAUAUGUGAUAGCACAACUGUUCAUGCACUUUGUCAUAACUGUACAUCCCUCUAGAUGAUCCUCAUUUACCUGUGGAAAAAGUCCAGCCCAGGAAUCCUUUAACUGAGUCGCCAGCAACAAAACAGCAACGGAAUUAUGAGGAGCAUCUGGCCUUCAAGUUUUUUUGCACUCAGUGCUCUUUCAAGACCAAGAGACAAAGUCACUUCUUGUCUCACAUGAGAUGUCACAAAGAUGGCACAGAGAGAAAGCAUUCAUGCACCCAUUGUGAAUUUGUCACGCUUAGUGUUCCUAUGCUGAAGCGUCAUGAGUUAAAGCACAAGCAAAAUUUAUUCAGGUGAGUAGUUGAUGCAGGAGAACAUUUUAAUUUUAAUGAAUUUAAUUGAAUAAUCAGGCAGUUUUGCAAAUGGCCCUCAGGAAAGCUUAUGUUAUUUUUUAAAAGUUAUUUUUCAGGCCAUAUAGCUUGUUGUGGCUUGUUCAGACAAAGUAGAUCCCUUGUUAUCUAUUCUGAUGACCAUUUUGCUUGUAAAACAUAAGCUACAGAUUUUGAUCCCACACCAAGCUAGCUGUUGUCUACGGAGGCUGAUGUUUUUAAUUAAGGGUUUCUUUCUCCCCAAGAUUUGCUUCCAUUGAACCAGGGAUGUGUCUUAGAUGUUUUAUUUGUAUAAUUUUCUAAAGUACAACUACUAACACAUAGUCAACCCGAGAAGUUUUUACAUUUCAACUUUCUGGACAACAAAGAAAGUCUUUAUUUAUAUAAUGCCAACAGCGUUAGGUCUUUCACUUCAAAUUGCACUCUCAGGAUGGAGUGUACCCACUUAAUCUUUUUUCUAAUAGUUUAUCUCUUUUCUUUAUGUGCUGUAGGUACUGUAUCAUUUUACACCUGGCUGUACCCCAGGUCUAAUAUCUAUCACCUGAUGCCAUGUUUGACUCAGCAUAUCAAAUUUCCUUACCAUUUUUAUUAUUUUUGUGUAUCUCUCCAUCAAUGGAGCAUAUAUGCUGGCUUGUGUUUUUGGCUAGUUGUAACCUGUGUGGAGCUUAUACAACAGACAGAAAUGAACUACUCAGGAGACACAUCAAAUUGAAACACAAUCGUGAGAGGUCAUCGGGAGACAGGUUAAGUUGUCCAAACUGCCCAUUUACCUGUUUCAAACCAAAAGAGAUGACAAGGCAUCAAGUGGCACAUGAUAGGUAAUGUUACCUACUUUAUACACUUUAUGCAUGCUCAUUUUUAUUCAAUCGUGUUAUUUGCAUAUAAAUAUGUGACUACUUUCUAUGUAGACAUAACAAGCAUCCACUACUUAAUUUCACACAUUUUCCAUAAAAGUAGUUUGGUGCUUUUGAGGAGACAUCCUUGGUGUUUCUCUGCUUGUGGGACUUGGUGAUUGUGCCUUAUUAGGGAGGUUGCUAACCAUAGCCACAACAUCUUAAAAUUGUCCCUGCUGUAUGAGUGUAUCUUGUGCUUUUUAUCUACUCCUCAUUUUCUGGUACUAUUUCUCAUCUUGAUUUGUAAAAUCAUUUUAGUAAUCUUGUCAUAAUUUCCACCUGAACAAAGUGGUAAUAUUAAAAUGGUAACAUUUAUUAAUGAGACCAGAGUAGUGGAUUGAAUUUCUCUUUGAUAUUUCAAGACUCAAAGAAUUUAAUGAAGUGAAAAUUUAGCUUUCAUAAUUCCCGUUCCCGAUGAAAAUUCAUUACUAUUUCAGAAAUAAAUUUAAAAAAUGGUACUGGUCAUUGGUAUGAAUUUUUCAGGUUGAGCCAGAUAUCUGAUGCUGAUCCCAAUAGCUGUCCUCAUUGUAAAAAAAGCUUUCGUAGCAGAAUGCAUCUCCAUCGACAUAUCCGAGAUGUUCAUGGGCCAGAAAUACGACCUCAUUUAUGUGAUACUUGUGGGAAAGCAUUUAAAAGAACAGAUGCAUUACAACAACAUAAGCUUGUGCACGUGUCACGACAAGCUCGUACUCUGCCCUUCAAGUGCCAAACUUGUGAUAAAGGAUUCCGAUCACCCGUAAGCUUAUAGUUCCUUAUCGAUAUUUGACUGUAUUAUACCUAUUCAUUAUCAUUAACUUAUAACUUGAAACUUUUCCUUUAUAAAUCUACAUAAUAAAAUAUUAAUUUAAAAAAACGCUUGCAAUCUUAUCAAUACUGUAAUUAAAAAGGGAUUUCUUAUUUAAAAAAAUUCCUCUUGUAUGACAUAGGCUCAUUUGAAAGAACACAUGAGUAUGCAUAGCUCUGAACGUCCUUUCCUGUGUCAGUAUUGUGGGGCAGCCUUCAAGACUCAGCCUGUUCAAAGAAAACACAUCAUGACAUUACACCUGCAGCCCAGAACACACGUUUGCAGGACAUGUUGUAGGCAGUUCAACACCAAGUAUGCAUUACAACGCCAUGAAAGCACACACAAGGUAUGUUAAAUAAUCUCUAAUUUAAUCACCAGCAGAAUUAGUCAGAGACUCUUUGAACCAUUCUUUCUAGUUGGUAGUUGAUUUAUUACGGAUUCAUUUUUAAUUGAAGGGAUAAUGGCUUGAUGCCACAUAACUUAUUGGUAUGAUUUCUUCUGUCCAACCCCAGACUGAGUCAGGUACAGCAGCAGCCAUUUUGAUAAUAGAGAGUGAGGAUACGUUGGGAGAAAAGGUCAACACUGUUGAAGAGAAAACGGCUGCCACAUCUGCUUUAGAAGGUCAUUCUGAAGCACUGACCACUUGUGAGGCACCCAAUAUCAUAGUGGAUAAUCAAGAAUCCAGUUGCCUGGUUCAAGAUAUCAUUGGGUCAGCUGCUACUGUCAUUGAGGAACCUCUUGACCAGUCAGGCCAGGGCUUACAGAGAGCUUACAUACAGGGAAGUCAAGAUGGGACUCUGUACUAUUUCACUGGAGAAUUGUCUACACUUUAAUUUAGAGUUUAUGGUCAUUUUAUUGGGCCACUUUCAGAUUUAUACUUUUUGGUGAUCUGAAUUACUUAGUUUAAAAAAUGAAGUGAAGACAAGGGCUUUGAAGAAAUUGCAAUGGUUUAAAUACUUUGGUGGUCAUAAGAAAGACCUCUGUUUUAUCAAAUAAGGGAAGAUGACACUAUUGACAUUGAACUAUUACUGACUUUAUACAUAUUAUGAUAUGUAUUGAUUGAGUAUUUGUAAUGCAGUUUUUUCAAUUUGAACAUUUUGUUUGAAUGAUUUUUAAUUUUACAUUAAACUAUACAUUUGGU